UAAAAUUUGCAUAAAUUUAAUUGAGCAUAUUCAAUCCUCCGUAAGUACACAAACUUUUAAAAAAGAAAUAAAAGAAUAUUAAAAUACAUACACUAGUGUUCUAAAGUUUAGGUCUCUUCUGUUUUUGUAACAUUAUAAAUGUCUCUUUUGAUCAAUUUAAUUUGUCUUUGCUGAAUAAAAGUUUUUUUUGCAAAACAUUUUUUGUCUUCCAAAAUGCAAGAAAGCACAGACACUAGAAUGAUUAGUCACGACAUCUACUAGGAUUUCUGCCGUUUCCAACCUGACAAACCUCUAGUCUAACCUGUCAAAACGCCAUAUGAGAGUGUGCGUGUGUGUGUGCGUGUGUGUGUGCGUGUGUGUGGGAGGGGAUGUGAGUGCUAAAGUGUGCUAAAGGUCACCAUGUGAAUGUUGCAGCCAGUAUUUAUGGACAUCUCCUGCCAUCACUCCAUCUCUUCUCUUCUCUUCCAUCUCUGAGACCAAACACAGCAGGAAUGAAGCUGAAGCUGAAGCUUCCCAACCCGGGUCUGGAUGAGCGGAUCCCCUCUCACGCCGACCUGGAGAAGCUGGAGGUGGAGGAGGCUGGAGAGCGGCCGCAGUGGGACAACAAAGCCCAGUACAUGCUGACCUGUGUGGGCUUCUGUGUGGGGCUGGGCAACGUCUGGAGGUUCCCCUACCUCUGCCAGAGCCACGGAGGAGGAGCGUUUAUGAUCCCGUUCCUGAUCCUUCUGGUUCUGGAGGGAAUUCCGCUCCUGCACCUGGAGUUUGCCAUCGGACAGAGACUGAGGAAGGGCAGCGUCGGCGUCUGGAGAUCCAUCAACCCCUAUCUAGUAGGAGUCGGUAUCGCCUCCAUGCUGGUGUCCUUCAUGGUGGGGAUGUACUACAACACCAUCAUCGCCUGGGUCAUGUGGUACUUCUUCAAUUCCUUUCAGGACCCUUUACCCUGGAGUCAGUGUCCCAUCAAUGAGAACCGGACAGGGUUCGUGUCUGAAUGCGCGCGCAGCUCUCCAGUGGAUUAUUUCUGGUACAGAGAGACGCUCAACACGACGCCAGUGAUCGGUGACUCCGGCGGUCUGCAGUGGUGGAUCGUCUUGUGUCUGUUCUGCGCCUGGACGCUGCUCUGGGUCUGCUGUCUGAGAGGCAUCGAGACCACCGGGAAGGCCGUGUACAUCACCUCCACUCUGCCAUACCUGGUCCUGACCAUCUUCCUGAUCAGAGGACUGACGCUCAAAGGCUCUGUGAGCGGAAUCAAGUUCCUCUUCACUCCAGAUCUGGACGAGCUGCUGAAUCCGUCGACGUGGCUGGACGCGGGAGCGCAGGUGUUUUACUCCUUCUCUCUGGCGUUUGGAGGACUGAUCUCAUUCUCCAGCUACAACUCUGUGCAUAAUAACUGUGAGCAGGACGCCGUCAUCAUCUCUGUAAUAAACGGCUUCACAUCGAUUUACUCUGCCAUCGUCAUUUACUCCAUCAUCGGCUUCAGGGCGACCGAGAGGUUUGACGACUGUCUCAACGGUAACAUCGUGGCGCUGCUGAACGCGUUUGAACUGCCGGAGGGAAACAUCACAGAGAGCAACUAUGACAGUGUUCUGCAGCAUCUCAACAGCACAUCACCAGCAGUCAUUCAGGAGCUCCAGCUCAAGACCUGCGACCUGCAGACGCUCCUCAGUCAGGGCGUUGAGGGAACCGGUCUGGCCUUCAUCGUGUUCACUGAGGCCAUCACCAAGAUGCCCAUCUCUCCUCUCUGGUCAGUGCUGUUCUUCAUCAUGCUCUUCUGUCUGGGACUGUCCACCAUGUUCGGCAGUGUCGAAGGUGUGGUCGCGCCGCUCCAGGACCUCAACAUCCUCCCCAGGAAGUGGCCAAAGGAGGUCUAUACAGGUCUGGUGUGUUUCGUCUCUUUUGGUUUUGCGAUCAUCUUCGCUCAGGGUUCUGGUGAAUAUUGGCUGGCUCUGUUCGACAGCUUCGCCGGAUCCAUUCCUUUACUGAUCAUCGCCUUCUGUGAGAUGAUGGCUGUAUCUUACAUUUAUGGGAUUGACAGGUUCAACGAUGACAUCAAGUUCAUGAUCGGUCACAAGCCCAACUUCUUCUGGCAGGCCACCUGGAGGGUGAUCAGUCCUCUCAUAGUGCUGGUCAUCUUCCUGUUCUACUUCGUCACGACUGUGAGCAAAGAUCUGACCUACAUCGCCUGGGACCCAGAGUCUGAGAACUUCCCUACGCUGGCGACGCGCUCCUACCCGGACUGGAUUUACGCCAUCAUCUUCAUCCUGUCGGGCGUUCCAGCGCUGGUCAUCCCGGCCGUGGCUCUGUACAAACUCAUCAGGAACCGCUGCUGCAAAAAAGAGGAGAAACACGCUGCAGAAAUGCUCUACUCCAUCUCGGACAAAAUACAGAUCGAGCCGGACGAGACGGACCGCGGCGUUCAGCCAAUUACAGCUAAAGCGCUCGACUAGCUCAGCCAAUCAACAAACAGAUCAUUCAGCACUGGGACAGAAACACAAACGCACAUUGAAACGUGAAGGAAGAACAAUAACGGACAGUAAAUGUGAUCACGAUCAUGCGUGAAGAAAUAACCAGUGAUAUCAACUCGAGUUUACAUGUGAUUUGCACUGAGCGGUAAAUGAUACUGUUGUUUGUAUGUAUAUACACAGAGCAGAGUUUAUAUGCAUCUAUUUUAUUGUUUUAUAAUCAAGUCACCGAAGAUAAAACCAUUAAUGACAUCUACAAUCCUAAUCAACAUCCAUAAACAAUAAUGACCCAGAAAACAGACGUUCACCCAGAUGUCUCUGCUCUGGCUUCAUGCACAUCGAACUGAAAGUCAAGAGCAAGCAAAAUAUUUUGUCUGAUUUUUUUGCAUUUGUAAAAAACAAUUUUCAUCUUUAUAUAAGAUAUUUAAUUAUAAAUACGCAUUUUGUAUGCUUUGUCUCAUAUAAUACUGUUGUUCAUGUCAGUGUAUAGUGACUAUAAUAUAAAAUAUUUACAUGCAAAUUCUAAUGUCUUAUAACCAUUAGAGGUCCAUGUCACUGUAAAUGUAUUAUACAUAUUUUUAUGAUGUUCUUUUGUUCUCAACAAUGGCAGUUUAAUAAUAAACCAGAUAUGAUUGAGUA